AACAAAACCCUAAAAGGGGGUUCUGUGAAACAAUUCGCCGCCGGAAUGAUCCCUUCCUCCCCUUUAUAAUCUCAACAAUCGUAGUAGCGACAACCCUAUCUCACUUGUUUGUUUAGUCUUUCAUCAUCUCAAAAGUCUCUUGAAAAAAUUCAAUUUUUUCCCAUUCAAUCAAUCAUGGGACUCAGUUACAAAGAAACAAGUUAAUUUUUAUGCUUCAGUGGUGUGUGCUCGCAGAGGGUUCGGAGUUAUUUUUAUUAAAUUCGUUAUAAAGGAAUGAACUCUGCUUGAGUUUGUAGUACUGUAGUAAUAAAGAUUGGAUUUUUUCCCCCGAGGUCAAAGUUGCGAUUUUUUUGAGCUCUUCCAUGUGGGUCUUUAUGAGUUUGGUGGAUUUUAGGGUUUGUAGGUAUAAUGGGUAUAUGUAGGGUUGGUUUGUGGGAAUGAAUGAAUAAGUGAUUGGUCGAUCUCUUUUGAGCCUGUGAAUAUGUUGUCUGAAUUGGAUAGGAGGCCAAUGAAUGGAACCAACGACAGCAACUUAUUUGGAGAUGAGUUGGAGAAGGAGAUUGGACUGUUGCUCCGUGAACACCGCCGGCAGGAAUCCGGUGAUCUUGAAAAGGAGCUGAGUUUGUAUAGAAGUGGUUCGGCCCCUCCAACGGUGGAGGGUUCAUUGAGUGCUGUGGGUGGAUUGUUUAACCAUGGUGGCAGUGCUUCUAGUAACUCAACCUUUCAGGAAUUCGAGUGGAAUAGAACUGGAAAUGGUUUCGUAUCGGAAGAUGAAGUUAGAUCUGAUCCUGCUUACUUAUCUUACUAUUACUCGAAUGUGAAUCUAAACCCUAGGUUGCCUCCUCCUCUGUUGUCAAAGGAGGAUUGGCGAUUUACUCAAAGAUUGCAAGGUGGGGGCUCAGCGAUUGGAGAUAGAAGGAAGAUUCACAAGAAUGAUGGUUCCCCUGCUGGGAGGUCACUCUUCUCAAUGCCUCCUGGAUUUAACACUAAGAAGGCAGAAACAGAGAGCGAGCCUGAUAACUUACAGGCUUCGGUUGAGUGGGGCGGGGAUGGACUGAUUGGUUUGCCUGGAUUAGGAUUGGGUACUAGUCAGAAAAGCAUUGCUGAGGUCGUUCAGGAUGACCUGAGCUGUAAUCGUGCACCUGGACACCAUUCAAUCCCAGAAAACUGUGAAGUGUUUGAUGAGAGUAGUGAUACUUUGGCUUCAGUUGAAUCUGCUACUCAACAUGUCGGGUUACCCACAUCAUAUUCAUAUGCUGCUGCUUUAGGGGUGUCAUUGUCAAGGAGCUCCACUCCAGAUCCUCAACACAUUGCCAGAGCUCCUAAUCCCAGCGUUACUCCUAUUGGUGCUGGAAGGACAUUCACAUCAUCAGAAAAAAGAAACGCCAAUAGUCCAAACUCAUUUAAUGGUGUCUCCUCUCAUGGAAAUGAACAAGCAGAUCUGGUUGCUUCUUUAUCUAGCUUGAAUCUUUCAAAUGGUGCCCCAAGUAAUAAUGCCAAGAAGCAUGCUUUCUUGAAGAAAUCUGAAUCUGGACAGUAUGUCACGUCUUCCAAUGGCCACCAACUAGGUAUACAGUAUGGUGACACUGGUCCUAACAACUUUGUAUCAUCUGGUGGUCCCUACCACAAUGGCUCUCUGGACUCUUCCUUCAGUGUGGAAGGUGACAUACUUUCUCAAUACCCUAAUCUGGACAGCCCGAAUGCAUCAUUUUCAAACUACAGAAUGAAUGGCCAUUCUACCACCAAUCAACUAUCUGCCCAACUUGGCAACUAUAAUCUUCCUCCUCUGUUUGAAAAUGCUGCUGCUGCAUCUGCUAUGGCGGUUCCUUCUAUGGGCUCUAGGAUGUUCAGUGGAUCAAAUUUCAAUUCUGCUUCUCUAGACCAGAACCAAUUGGAUCCAAUGCAUCUUCAGUACUUGCUACAGUUUGCAGCACUUAAUGAUCAUUCCAUGGAUAGGAACCAUAUGGGCAAUUCAUAUACAGAUUUGCUUCAGAAAGCUUAUGUUGGUAGUAUGCUAUCUCCUCAAAAAUCACAUUAUGGUGUUCCGAUGAGUGGCAAAAGUAUGAGUUCCGGCCAUCAUAAUGGACACUAUGGCAAUCCUGGAUUUAGAAUGGGGUUGUCUUAUCCUGGAAGUGUGUUGACUAGUCCUGUUAUCCCAAACUCUCCUGUGGGACCUGGUAGUCCUAUCAGGCACGGUGAUUAUAAUAUGAGAGUUGGUGGGGGAAUGAGAAAGUUUGGUGGCAGUAUGAUUGGACCUUGGAAUUUGGAUACCAUGGAAAACUGCUUUGUGUCCUCUCUGCUUGAGGAAUUCAAGUGUAAUAAAACCAAAUGCUUUGAGCUAUCGGAGAUUGCAGGUCAUGUUGUUGAGUUCAGUGUGGAUCAGUAUGGGAGCCGAUUCAUUCAACAAAAGCUUGAGACUGCUACAAGUGAGGAGAUUAACAUGGUCUUCCAAGAAAUUAUUCCCCAAGCACUGACUCUAAUGACAGAUGUUUUUGGUAAUUAUGUAAUCCAGAAGUUUUUUGAACAUGGAAUGCCGUCUCAAAAGAGAGAACUGGCCAGCAAGCUCUUUGGGAGGGUUUUAACACUGAGCCUCCAAAUGUAUGGAUGUCGAGUGAUACAGAAGGUAAUAGAGGUGGUAGAUGUGGAUCAAAAGAUUAAAAUGGUGGAAGAGAUUGAUGGUCAUGUCAUGCGCUGUGUCCGUGAUCAGAAUGGGAACCAUGUGAUCCAGAAGUGUAUUGAAUGUGUGCCCGAGGACCAUAUUCAGUUCAUUGUCAAAACUUUUUUUGGUCAAGUUGUCACUCUUUCGACCCAUCCAUACGGGUGUCGCGUAAUACAGAGAGUUCUAGAACACUGCAACGAUCCGAACACCCAAAGUAAAAUGAUGGAAGAGAUAUUAGGAUCGGUAAGCAUGCUGGCACAGGAUCAGUAUGGUAAUUAUGUUAUUCAGCAUGUGCUGGAACAUGGAAAGCCACACGAGCGGUCGACUAUAAUACAGGAACUAGCUGGGAAGAUUGUUCAGAUGAGCCAGCAGAAGUUUGCCUCCAAUGUCGUGGAGAAGUGUUUGGCUUUUGGUGAUCCCAGUGAAAGACAACUACUUGUUAAUGAGAUGCUCGGUACAACAGAUGAAAACGAGCCUCUUCAGGCAAUGAUGAAGGAUCAGUUUGCAAAUUAUGUUGUACAAAAAGUAUUGGAAACCUGCAGUGAUCAGCAGCGCGAAUUGAUCCUCGCACGAAUCAAAGUCCACUUGAAUGCAUUGAAGAAAUACACCUACGGGAAGCAUAUCGUUGCUCGUGUUGAGAAGCUUGUUGCUGCUGGGGAAAGGAGGAUUGCUGCUCAGGCUCAACCAAAUCCAGCAUAGAAGAAGAUCUUUAUAUAGGAAGAACGAUGUACAGCUAACCAAGGCUAGUUUGAGCUCUACCCUUCUCUUCCUUUUUAGUUUUCUUGCUGCGCGUCUCUAGUGCUGCGGCUAAGGUACUUGACUGCAUUCCAAUAAUAAAGUCACGCCCUUGUGCUAGGAAAAAAGAAAGUGUACAUUCGUGUAGUUUCAAAAGUUUUUAUACAUAGAGCAAACGAAGCGUAAGCACUUUGAGGUUUAAUUUUUUUCUUUUAGUUUCUUUAAAAAUGUGACGCUCGCUUGCGCGUGGCGGUGCAGAGGAGAAGUCUUAUUUUCGACCGGGUGUAAAAAAAUAUCAUAAAAGUUUGUUGAGGUAGUUUAUGUAACAUUGUGAGUACGUGACUGUACAAAAAUGUUUCCUUGUCGAGUGUUUUUUAGACGUUUUUUUUGUUAUGUACUUUUGUAGUUAACAUUAUUUUUUGCUUUGGCGAGUUGCUUUGGAUCUAUUUCCAUGUUUUUGUUUAUUUACAUUUCUAUGUUUUUCUCAUUCCUAUUUAGGAGAAAGAUGAUUAUUUUUACAUGUUCUAUUUUUGAGGUAGUAAAGGUGGCCUAUUUUA